AUGCCACGUUCAUCCUCCGGGGUGGCCUUUUCGGAUCUAUUAAAUCCCCAGACCCGUUCUGGUGACCAUCACGCUGCCUCUUUGGCUUCCUCAAACCACUCUGCCGCUUCCGGUGCCUUCCAGUCUGCACACAAGAACGCUUCUCCCGCCGCCAUGUCGCCCUCCAUUCUACCUCCUCUCGCCAAGGGACAGCGCGCCGCCGCUGACGAACCCCGUCAAGAGCUGCCGCGGCCCUACAAGUGUCCGCUCUGCGACCGUGCCUUUCACCGCCUAGAGCACCAAACUAGACAUAUCCGCACGCACACCGGCGAGAAGCCACACGCUUGCCAGUUCCCUGGCUGCUCCAAGCGAUUCAGUCGCUCAGACGAACUGACCCGCCACUCAAGAAUCCACAACAACCCAAACUCGCGAAGAGGGAACAAGGCACAGCAGCUGGCUGCGGCUGCGUCCAUGAACGGCAUGCCCGAUCCAAACCACGCCGCCGCCGCUGCCAUGAUGCCGCCGCCAAACAAGCCCAUCACCAGAUCCGCGCCUGUCUCGCAAGUCGCUUCGCCAAACGUGUCACCGCCGCACACCUACGUCACCUAUGCCACUCAUCUGCCCUCGAACCUUGGCCCGUACGGUCGAACGGCCGGGGAACGCCCAACGUCUGCAAUGGACAUGAACAUGCUCGCGACUGCGGCGUAUCACGUUGAACGCGACGAUCUCGCCUCGUACCAUUAUUCCUCCAACGUUGCGGCUUCUCGCUCGCCAUUCCACAACGGAUUGCGCCCGGCACAUCACUCCCUCCAUCCCAACAGCCGACUGCCAUCCUUGUCUGCCUAUGCGUUGUCGCACUCCAUGUCCCGGUCGCACUCGCAAGAAGACGACGACUACGGCCACCGGGUCAAGCGUUCAAGACCCAAUUCUCCCAAUUCAACCGCUCCCUCUUCGCCUACCUUCUCUCACAACUCACUGUCGCCAACACCAGACCACACCCCACUUGCCACGCCGGCCCACUCCCCGCGCUUGAGACCGUUCAUCGCCAAUGACUUGCAUCUGCCUGCCUUGCGACACCUGUCUCUGCACCACACACCGGCCUUGGCUCCCAUGGAACCGGCAGCCGAACCGCAGACUCACUAUUCCCCCGCGCAACCGCACUCCGGUCCUUCCAUCUCGGAUAUCAUGUCUCGUCCAGACGGCACCCAGAGGAAGCUCCCCGUGCCGCAGAUUCCCAAAGUUGCCGUCCAGGAGGUUUUGAAUCCGGGCGGCGGCAUCGCCUCUGGCAACUCGUCCGUUGCCGGCGGUGAUCUCGCGGAGCGCUAUUAG